CGGACGGGCGGCAGAGCCCGCGGGCAGCGGCUCUCGCGGCGCGGUGCGCUGCCCCAGGCCGCCGCCCCGGGCUCCGAGCGAGGAGCCGCCGCCGCCCCCCGACAGGAGAAAAAAGACAGACGGCAAGAUUUUGGAAAUCCCAUCAAUUCCAAAUCCGUUUCCUGAGCUAUGUUGUUCUCCAUUUACAUCAGUUUUGUCAGCAAGUCUGUUGCCCAAGGCAACUUCAAGAACUAAACAGGAUUGGGGUGAUGAGAAUUUAGACUUCAAGGAAUAUUGCAAAGUAUUUUGUUCUGUUUCAUGUUAUCACCUGAGUGAAGGUUGUCAAGUUCUAAGAAAAGCAGACAUGAGUUUGUCUUCAAGAAGAGUGACGUUGCCUGCAGUAAUGCCAAUAACUCUGCAGAAACGGGUAAUUAAAGUGUACAGUGAAGAUGACAGUAGCAAAACUCUGGAAAUCCCGAGUGAUAUAACAGCCAGGGAUGUAUGUCAGCUGUUGAUAUUGAAGAACCACUAUAUUGAUGACCACAACUGGACACUGUUUGAAGAACUUACUCAUACAGGCUUAGAAAGAGCUAUAGAAGACCAUGAAUUAGUGAUGGAAGUCCAGUCAAGCUGGGGGAUGGAAGAGGAAAGCAAAUUUUAUUUUAGAAAAAAUUAUGUCAAAUAUGAAUUUUUUAAAAAUCCCGUGAGCUUUUUUCCUGAUCAUAUGAUAUCUUUUUCAAGUGAGACCAAUGCAGCUGUAAAACACUCUGGGAUAUUACAGAUGUUCCUAAGCUCCAGCACAUAUCCUGAGAUUCAUGGCUAUUUACAUGCAAAAGAGCAGGGAAAAAAAUCAUGGAAAAAAUUAUACUUUGUUUUGAGAAGAUCUGGCCUUUAUUUUUCCACUAAAGGUACAUCUAAGGAGCCAAGGCAUCUGCAGUUUUUCUGUGAAUUCAGCAAUAGUGAUAUAUACAUGUCUUUGACAGGCAAAAAGAUUUCUGGAGCACCAACAAGCUAUGGAUUCUGCUUUAAGCCUAACAAAUCAGGAGGAACCAGAGACCUGAAACAACUCUGUGCGGAUGAUGAACAAAGUAGGACCUGCUGGAUGACAGCAAUAAGGUUGUUUAAGUAUGGGAUGCAGCUGUAUCAGAAUUACACACAACCCUAUCAGGGUAGAAGUGGCUGCAGCCCUUUGAGUAUGACACCUAUGAGAAGUAUUUCUGAAAAUUCUUUAGUUGCAAUGGAUUUCUCAGGACACAGAAGCAGAAUUAUAGAAAAUCCAACAGAAGCACUUUCAGUUGCAGUUGAAGAAGGAUUAGCCUGGCGGAGAAGAGGGUGCCUACGACUGAACUCACAUUGUAGUCCUAUUGCCAUGUCUAACAUGGCUAUUCACAGAUCUCAGUCAUGGUUUCAUCACAAAAUCUCUAGAGAUGAAGCUCAGAGACUUAUUUUACAGCAUGGGCUUGUAGAUGGGGUGUUCUUGGUACGUGAUAGCCAAAGUAAUCCCAGAACAUUUGUACUGUCAUUGAGUCAUGGAUUAAAAAUAAAGCAUUUUCAAAUUGUACCAUUGGAAGAUGAUGGGAAGCUGUUCUAUACCCUUGAUGAUGGUCAUACCAGAUUUACAGAUCUCAUCCAGCUAGUGGAAUUCUACCAACUUAAUAAAGGAGUGCUACCUUGCAAGUUAAAACACUAUUGUGCGCGAAUUCCUCUUUAACCAAAGCAUCUGUUGCUUCAUCAAAGGAAAGGGAAGAUACCAGAAUACUUUUUCUCCUCAAGGCAGUUUGUGUAGUCAGAAGGGUAAAAAUGUUACAUUUAAAGGUUCAAAGUUUUAGCUACCAAAAAGUGUAAAGUACAUUCAGUAUAGAUAAGAACUUUGUGAUUGUCAAAGCAAAAUAACUCCACGGUUUUAAAAUAUAUAUAUUAUUUCCUAUGUAAUUCUUUAGUGUUGUCUCGGACUUUUUUUCUUUUUUCCCAAUGUAAAAGUUGUGUUUUUUUUUUUUUGUUUUUUUUUUGUUUUUGUUUGUUUGUUUUUUUGUUUUUUUUUUAAUUAUAUUGUGUACCUUCUACCGAAAUAUAACUGAAGAGAAGUUCUUUGUUCUUAGGGGUUUUUUUUGUCUUUUCAAAUGUUUCUUAUAGUUUCUAUUCAUCACAUAGAAAAAGAAAAUUUACUGUGGUAAGGAUAAGCUGAACUGCACAUUUUACUUGUAAAUAAAAUGAGUAAAUAUUUUGCAUUAUAUUUUUGAAUUCUACUUUGAGGAUUAUCAUUCAAAAAGCAAAAAUCAUUAAAAUUACUUAUAACUGGUUGGCUGUAUUCAAUUGUGCUAUUAUUUAAAAAUUAUUUUUGUCCAACCUAAUGACUAGAUUGACACCUUUAUGCAAAGAUGGAGCAUUUUUUCCUUGGUAGUGACGUGUAUAAAUAUGCAUAAAGAGGUACACCUACAGUCUCUAACACAUAUACCCCUGUUAAUUACUGUGGCUUGUUUUAGAGCUGAGAAGGGAAUCAACUUCAUUGGCCCUUAAAAUGAACAAAUAAAGGUGAAUACAAUUUUUUUUCUUUUUGCUGAAAAACUGUCAAGAAUGUAUUUGCAGUUGGUUCCUUGCUUAUUUAUUAUUUAUCACGAAAUUACACAUUUCAAUGUAGCUACAAGUCAACCAAUCUUGCCAGGUGUUCCAAUUAUAAAGAUCUGUUAAGGUGGAGUGAAAUUUUGAACCAUAGCAGUAGAAAUAUUUUUAGUAUCUGUAUUUUGAAAAAGAUGCAAUACUUCUGCAUCCUUGCACAAAGGCUUAAGUGGAGUGGAGCUUGAAUUGAAAGAUGUUCCCCUGUCCUGAUGCUUUGUUAUCCUAUAGGUUUGAUCUCAUUAUGAGGGUCCAAGACGUGGCCCUGAAGUAAAGCCUGUAAUGGAAAGUAGUGCUUAGAGGUGGACCAUCAUGCUGAAUCCUGGCCCUGUGCCCAUUCCUGCUUUUGUUCUCCUAUUGUCAGGCACGCCAGGUAUUCUGCUGUAGGAGUUAGUGGGGAGGGAAAGUGAAGGAGGCCUGGCCGAGGGACAGAGCAGAUGGACACAAGAUACAGUAGUGCCAGUGCACAUCAGCUGGUAGGGUUGUGUAAAUGGUUGCAUUAGAAUAUGAUAGCUACAGUCUAUGGUUUAGUUACUGUGUGCCUGUGGAAGGCAAUCAUAAUAACAUAAUGCUGUGAUACUUAAUUUACUGACUUGAUCCACACAUCACUGACCUUUUCCUCUGAUAUGCAAAUAGAGUUUUUAAAGCUCAUUAAAAAAGCAACUCUUCAUAAUGUGUACCAAAGAUGCAACAUAUGUGGUGUCUGAGCUCAUUACAUUAGAAAUGCCUUGUAAAACUCUUCACAGACUAAUAAAUUUAACUCUUAAACCUUGAAUAUAAUUUCAAAUUGUAAUUACAAAAAUGUAGUUAUAAUUAAAACCUUUUCAGAUUUAUUUUAGCAACGGGAUUUCUUCUGAGGCCUUGUAUUCUUUCAGAAAUUGGCAUAGAAUAAAGAGAAUUGUUGCAUUCCCAUUUUUCUUAUUAUCUGACAAAUGAAAUGUGUUCUGUGGUCUGUCUGGACACGUGAAAGCUUUGCCAUCAUUUCCAUUUGUAUUUUCGUAUUUGCCUGUACAACUGGUAGAGAAGUUAACCACUCAGUAAGUAUGUAUCUUUUCACCUUUAGAAAAGUGAAUGUGAGGACUAUUGAGAGACAUCAACCAUCAAGAAUCCUUGCCUGCUUUCUUCUGUUUUCAUGAGUGAAAAAAAACAAGACAAGUCAACACUUAAAAUGCAGUAUUGCUUAACAAGCAUGGGUUUUGGACAUUUGAAAGAGUUUUUAGCUGGCAAAUAUUCAAAGCACUGUUAUCCUAUAAAGUGUUGCCUCCUGCAUUCUGGCAGGGCUUUUAAUUAAAGUCUAAACUGAAAUCUUGCUAAGAAUAAUAUAAAACCUUUUUUUUUUUUUUUUUUUUUUUUUUUUUCACUAAAAAAAAAUCUGCAUACAUUUUCUGAAAUGUGUGGUUGUUUAUGACUAUACUGAAAUAGUAAAACUAAUGAAAUCUAGGUUGGUGUAUAAAUGAGUUAACAGGCUACCUCUACGUUUCAGUAUUACUGGUGAAAGCAGCAUGGAAGAAGUAGUCUUAUUGAAAAAGCAACAAACAAAAAAAAACCCACACUGAGAUCCUGCAGUACUUGAAAACGUGCUAAAUGGUACAGGUGGUUGAUGUAUGACUUACAAGAUCUUUGCUAGCAAGCACUAUUUUCUUGUCAGAAAAAUGGCAAGUUUUUUAUUAUAUCACUCAGUAUAUGUUUGACCAUAAAGUUCUUUGAGGGUGUGGGCAACGCUGUUGAAAUAGAAUUUCAGUGUGGUACUGUGGCUUCUAAUUAGAAAGAGUACACACUUCUUUGGUGCCCACCUUCACAAAGAAAAUUGGCUAAUCAGGAGUUGUUAACAGCAGGGUGAAAUCAGUACUAUUUUGGGCAGACUGGUCUGUCUGUCUCCACCAGCUAACUUCUCUGUAAGUAUGGGAAUUUUAUGUCUACCUCCCAAAGGAUUUAAAGACCUUUAAAAAAAAAUAUAUAUAUAUAUAUAUAUAUAUAUAUAAUUGCAAUUGAUAUUGUUUGGAAAGUUUUAUUUUAAUAUACAAGAAAGAUAUAUGUUUUUGUCUUUACUCUGGGGAGGUCAAAGUCUACAGGCUUAAACUAAUUAGAGAAAAAUCAAUGUCAAACUAGGUUUGAAGCAUCAUGUUUGAAAAAACACUUCAUAAUUUCUUCAGAUUUCAAAAUUUAGACUUCUGCGUGUGUCUGUGUAGAGCAGUGCCAGGAGGGGAGCGGCUUGCCUUGCAGAAGUACCAGAAACAGUGUAACUGCAUGCACAUCUUUCUGUGUGGGGUAAUUAGCCCUGCAGCGGUGCGUUCUGGAAGAUGUGAGCUAGUUCAGAUUGCUCUAAAGCAUGGCAUUGUAUUUGUUGGCAUGCCCUUUGUGCUUUAGCUUCCAAUCUUAAAAUCUUUUUGGCUCAAAGGAGAUUAAAAGUUAAUUCACUGGUGUUUCCUAAUGUAUAUACACAUACAGGCAGAAUUAAGGUUCCAUGGGCAGCAUUAAAUGACAUUUUUAAACUUCUGAAUGUUUUUACUUAACAAUCUUAUUAAGUCACUUAAUGACUUUUUAGACAUAUAACAAGCCUUCAGUUCAUCAAACCAAACGUUUUGAAAGAGAGCUUUAACCCGUUAAAUAAAAGAGGAUUACAUAUGUAACUAACUACAAGUGGGGCCUUUCAAGGACAAUUGAAUUUCUGUCAAAUGUUGUCUGUUACAUCCUGGUUACGGAAUUGUAGUUUUUUGUGUUUCCCUGGGGGUAGAAUUUCUCUGCAGUGUAUGUGGGCUUGGAGCAUCUUAAUUUUAAUGCACAAAUCAGGUUAUUUUAAAGGAAUAAACUUUUUUUUUUUUUUUUUUGCUAUGUUGUUUUUUAAGGUUAGUUGUCUUCAUCUAAAUAAAAGCCAUUCCUUAAUGCUUAA